AUGACUCCCUUCGAAGCUCGGCCCAAAGAGCCCAUCGCAUUGAUUGGCAGCGGCUGUCGCUUUCCUGGUGGUGCAAGCAACCCUUCUCGACUCUGGGACCUUCUGAAAUCUCCCAGAGACUUGGUCAAGAAGGUUCCCAAGGAGAGGUUCAACAUAGACGGCUACUACCACCCUGACGGAGCUCAUCAUGGCCGAACCAAUGCGCAAUACGCAUACUUUCUCGAAGAAGACCCAUAUGCCUUUGAUCCUGGGUUCUUCAACAUCUCCCCCAACGAAGUAGACACAAUCGAUCCCCAGCAGCGCCUACUUCUCGAAACUGUCUAUGACAGCCUCACUUCGGCGGGGCUCAGGAUGGAGGACCUUCGAGGCUCUCCGACCGCCGUCUACGUGGGGUUGAUGCAACGAGAUUUUCUCGACAACUCGAACUAUGACCUAGAUUCAUUGAGCACCUAUGCCGCCACCGGCGCCGCGGCAUCAAUCCUUUCAAACAGGGUUUCAUACGCGUUUGGCUGGCAUGGUCCCAGUAUGACUAUCGACACUGCCUGUAGCUCGUCCCUUGUCGCGGUGCACCUUGCGAUCCAGCAGCUUCGAACCGGAGCCAGCCAGGUGGCUGUCGCAGCCGGCUCGAAUCUAAUCCUCGGCCCGACCCCUUUUGUCACCGCCAGCAAGCUCAAUAUGUUCUCACCAACAGGCCGUUCUCGGAUGUGGGAUGCCGCCGCCGAUGGCUACGCUCGGGGUGAAGGCAUUGCCGCUGUGGUUCUAAAAACCCUGUCUCAGGCUGUCGCGGAUGGUGACACCAUCGAAUGCAUAAUCCGCGAAAGUGGUAUCAAUCAAGACGGCAAGACCCCUGGCAUAACCAUGCCCAGCCCUGCAGCACAAGAGGCGCUCAUUCGACAGGUUUACAAAGAGGCAGGUCUCGAUAUAACGAAACCUGAGGACCGCUGUCAAUACUUUGAAGCCCACGGGACGGGGACACAAGCAGGAGACCCACAAGAGGCCUGCGCCAUCUCAUCUGCUUUCUUUGGCGACAGAAAACGUGCCGUCGACGAAGAUCCCCUGUACGUGGGGAGUAUCAAGACCAUUAUCGGCCACACAGAAGGGACUGCAGGCGUUGCUGGGCUAAUCAAGGCAUCGCAGAUCAUUCAGCAUGGACUCCUUCCCCCGAAUAUGCUUUUCAAUGAACUGAAUCCUAGAGUUGCCCCAUUCUAUUCAGAUCUGAGGAUUGUGACAGAACGACAAGCCUGGCCAGCGCUCAAGUUCAAUCAACCCCGACGUGUAAGCGUCAACUCCUUUGGGUUUGGUGGAACGAACGCUCAUGUAAUUGUGGAAUCAUAUGUCCCUGCCUCGAAGGAAGCGCUGGAGCAAUUGCCGACGCCAUGCCUGGCGCCGAUUGUUCUGUCCGCAAACUCUAUUGUCUCGCUCAGAGCUACCAUGGACGACUUGAAACAAUGUCUAGACAGCCACCCAGAACUUCAGCUGCGAGAUCUCGUCUGGACACUUCUGAAAAAGAGGUCGACCCUUCAAAUCUGCCAUACCAUCCAAGCCAAAACCGUGCCGGCACUACGUGAUGCUCUCGAUCGUGACGCAGCUCUGCUCUCGGCGAAGCAGACAAGCCCAAUUGUACUGGACACCAAGAGAAAGCCUCAUGUCUUGGGUAUUUUUACCGGACAGGGUGCUCAAUGGCCAGCUAUGGGGAGAAUUCUGAUUACUGAAGUUGGGUAUGCACGGAGCAUCAUUUCAGAACUUGAUUACAGCCUUCAGAGCUUGCCAGAUAAAUUUCGACCUCGCUGGAGCCUUGUGGACCAGCUUCUCCGGGUGGGCGAAGCCUCAAACGUGCACGAUGCAGCCUUCUCACAACCACUCUGUUGUGCGGUCCAGAUCAUGCUUAUCAGGCUUCUUGAGGCGGCAGGAGUAACAUUCAAAGUUGUCAUCGGCCACAGCUCCGGAGAGAUAGCUUGUGCAUUUGCUGCGGGCUUUAUAUCGGCGUCCCAAGCCAUCCGCAUUGCAUACCUUCGCGGCCUCACAGCAGAAUACGCAUGUGGCCCAGAUGGCGUCGAAGGCUCCAUGAUGGCGGCUGGCACCUCUUUUGACGACGCCAUCGACCUAUGCGCUCUUGAGGCCUUCGAAGGAAGAAUAACAGUCGCAGCGAGUAAUGCUCCAGAAAGUGUCACGCUGUCAGGAGAUAAGGAUGCCAUUCUUGAGGCAUAUGAUGUUUUGAUUGACGAAUCACGCUUUGCUCGAGUUCUCAAAGUUGACAAGGCUUACCACUCGCACCAUAUGCGUCCUUGUGCAGAGCCGUACGUUGCUGCUCUGAAAGCUUGCGGAUGUGAUAAUCCCUCCCCGCUCGCGGCCGCCAAGUGCACCUGGCUCUCAUCCGUCUACGAAGGGAAAAUCAUGCGGCUCGCGGAUCUUAGCGCCGACUACUGGAAAGAGAACUUGCUCUCUCCGGUCCUCUUCUCGUCAGCUGUUGAGCUAGCAGUUUUGAAGCACACACCCCUCGACAUCUGUAUUGAGAUCGGUGCCCACCCUGCGUUGAAGAAUCCAACCUUGCAGACCAUCCAGAACUGUACCGGUUCCGACCUCCCGUAUGUUGGCUGCAUGGAGCGGAAGAGGGACGACGUCGAAGCCUUCUCUUCAUGUCUGGGAUACCUGUGGUCUCACUUCGGCUCAGCGGCUAUCGAUAUUGAUCACUUGUACAGGUGCUUGUCAAUUGAUCUCCACGGCGUCUGUGAUGUGUCCAAGCAGCUUCCGAGCUAUUCCUGGGACCACUCGCGCUCGUACAGGAAGGAGUCUCGCGCGCUUCGUGCAUUACUUGAGGCAGAAAAACCACAUCUCCUACUCGGCAGGCGAUCUUUGCACAGCACCCCUUCGUCAAUACACUGGCAGAACUUCAUACGCCCACGUGAUAUAGAAUGGCUCGACGGUCACUCGCUUCAGGGCCAGACUGUAUUCCCGGGGGCAGGCUACGUCGUCAUGGCCAUGGAAGCCGGCGUCAAGCUUAGCGGCGAUCGGAGAAUUCAACUUCUAGAAGUUCUGGACCUCAAAAUCGACAAGGCGGUCACCUUCGAGGAUGAGAACAGCAUGGUCGAACUCAACCUCAGUCUUGACGUUGACGCAUCACAGAGUACGGAUGCUUAUGCGGUCUAUUCCUUCACCGUCGACUCGUGCCUCGCCAAAGAAGCUGGCCCUACUCGUUCGGUCACUGGCACACUGACCAUCACCUACGGCCCAGCAACGUCCGAUGCUCUGCCAACUGCCUCAGACGAGCCCGCUCACCUCAACGACGUUGGAAUCGACAGGUUCUACAACAUGCUCGACCAGGCUGGAUACAACUAUACCAAGCAAUUCCGCGGAAUCACCAACCUGAAACGGGGUGACAGCAAGGCGUACGGUGCCAUCCAGUUCCACCGCUUGAAAGACGGCCACCGAAACAUGGUCAUCCAUCCCAGCACACUCGAUGUCGCCUUCCAGAGCAUGAUUGGGGCUUAUGCCGCUCCAGGUGAUGGGCGUCUGAGAUCCCUACUGGUUCCUACAGGUAUCGGUCGCAUCGCUUUGAGCCCGGGGGUCGCUGAUCAGAUCAACGCGUCGUCCAGUCAGGUAGACUUUAUUUCCACCACUGUAUCAAGCACUGGCACAAAUCUUCAAGGCGACAUUGAGGUCUUUGACCCCGAGACCAAGGCAACGAUGCUUCACAUUGAGGGGAUUGGCUUCAAGCCCACUAUUCCUCCCUCGGCUGAAGACGAUCACCAUAUGUACACCCAAUGGAGCUUCAGCCCUUUGAAUCCUGAUGCCUUGCUCGACGAGGUCGAAAGACAUGCCACAGAUCAGGACAAGAAGGACGUUGCAAUUAUCGAGCGAAUCACUUAUUGGUACAUACGAUUUGUUUUGGACAACGUGACCGCCGAGGAUCGUGAAAACGCAUCCUUCCAUUUCGCAAAGUAUAUCCAGUGGUGCGAACAUGUGCUUAGUGAGACCCGAGCUGGACGCAAUGUGUGGUACACACCAGACUGGGAUCAGGAUACACGCGCCGAUCUUGAAGUCAUGAUCCGAGAAAAUAUAUCCCAACCAUUCGUGCGCCUCAUCCAAAGAGUUGGCGAGGCCGCUCUGGACACAUUCCGCAACGAUGAGAAUGCCUUCGACCUUCUCGACCACGACGGCCUGCUCACCGAGUUCUACAGCGGAGAAGUGAGUUAUGGUCAAUCUUAUUACUAUUAUCAACGAAUUCUCGAGCAACUCAAUCAUCGGUAUCCAAACUUGGACGUUCUUGAGAUUGGAGCCGGCACAGGAGGAGCGACACGACUGUUCUUGAACCACGAGCAGCUCUCUUUUAACAGCUACACCUUUACCGAUAUUUCACGCACCUUCUUCGAGCCGGCUGCCAACGAGUUUGAGCGGCAUGCCGACAAGAUGGAGUUUCAACCGCUUGACAUCCGCCGGCCUCCUGCUGAACAGGGCUUCAAGCCCAACUCCUACGACUUGGUAGCGGCAUCCAACGUGCUCCAUGCCACUCCGAAUCUCGAAGAAACCCUCACAAACGUUCGGUCUCUUCUAAAACCUGGUGGUCGGCUCAUUGUCAUCGAAAUUGCACAUCCCGAACACACUCGUGUUGGAUUCAUUUUUGGAUUGUUCCCCGAUUGGUGGUCCGGCCAUGACGAGGGCCGCGUACUGGCGCCGAAUGUUUCUUAUGCUGAGUGGGACAAACUAUUGAAGAAAACUGGGUUCUCCGGUAUUGACACGCGCUCUCUUGACCCAGACAGCACAACCUUCCCGAGCGGCGUCUUCCUGAGCCAUGCAGUAGACGACUUUAUAGAGAGACUGGAUUCACCACUGACUGCCACGGUUGAAGAAGAUUUCUAUGGCCCAUUGGUUGUCGUUGGAGGCUCAUCGCCGAAAACGACCGAACUCGUCUCCCAACUCGCCAGCAUUCUGCCGCAACGUCAGCUGGACACUGUUCCGAACCUUCGAGAGAUUAUCAACUCCGACCUACAACCCGGAUCAACCUUCAUUGUGUUGUCAGAGCUCGAUGAACACACUUUUGAGGGAUUGGACGAGGAAAAGUUUGAUGCUUUGCAAACCAUUUUCAAUGCAGCCCAACAUGUCUUGUGGGUGACUGAAGACGCUUGGACCACGAACGCACAGCAAGCCAUGACAGUCGGCCUACUCCGGACCUUGCGUCAUGAAUACCCUGACAUCCAGAUCCAAUUGCUAGAUGUUGACAAUGUUCAAGAUCUGGAGCCUCGCUUCCUUGUCGAGACUGUGCUGCGUCUGGAGCACAGUGCGAAAUGGGAGGAUAGCGGCUCUCUAUGGACGCAGGAGCCGGAGCUCUACCUCCGUGGCGGCAAAGUUUUAAUACCACGUCUCAAACGCGAUGUGGGCAGGAACAACCGACUAAACUCUGGUCGGCGCCUGAUACUUGCCGAUCUAGACCCCCAGAAGGAAAUCCUGAGCCUGGAGUACGACCAAGGGAAGCCGUUCUUUGGAGCCAACGUGGAGCGAAUUAGUCCUGUUGUUGACAACGAGACUUUGAUCGAGGUCCAGGUACAGUAUUCGCUUGCUAAGGCUCUCCGGAUCGGCCAAUUCGGGUUUUACCAUCUGACUCAGGGUUGCGUUGUCGGUUCUGAUGGUAAGAUGGUGGUGGCACUUUCGAGCAGCAAUGCUUCCUCUGUCCAAGUGCCGUCUAGCCAUGUUGUCUAUGCCGGAAACCGAGAGGAGUGCGACAAUUUGCGGCUUUUUAGCAUCACAGCGGAUAUUGUCGCCAGAACUUUGAUGUCUGACCUGGUAAAAGGCACAAAUGUCGUCGUCUUGGAGCCUCCGAGCUUCUAUGUCGAGAGUCUACGCGACCAAGCUGCGGCAGCUGGUGUCUCACUGACAUUUGCUUCCACCAAACCUCCUCCCAGAAGAGACGGUGCCCUGUGGAUUCAUUUACACGAAAAGGAGACGGAGCGAAGCCUGCGCCAGAAAUUGCCAGCGAACGCUUCCGUGCUCUACGAUUUCCUUGCCGAUCAGAACCCGGCCAGUUUGAGCUCUCGAGUGGUCAAGUGUCUUCCACCUGCCUGCACGAUCCGUGGACCAGACUACUUGUUCCAAACUAUGGCGACACCGGUGUCAUCAUCGAGCGCUCAAGCAGCAGUGCAGAUUCUGAUCGAUGCUGUCAAGACGGUGCACAAGGACAGAGAUAUCAGCGACGUGCCUAUUCUCGCUGCACGUGAGGUAUUGGCUUCAAACAUCCCUUCAUCCAGCAACGCGAUUAUCGAUUGGUCAACAGACGAACAUAUCACAAGCCGUAUCCGCCCCAUUGAGUCAAACCACUUGUUUGUGGGCGAUAAGACGUACUUGCUGAUCGGCCUUGCGGGUGACAUGGGCCGUUCGCUUGCUCGCUUCAUGGUGGAGCAUGGCGCACGCCAUCUGGUCCUGUCGAGUCGAGUCCCUAAAAUCGACCAACGUUGGAUCGACGACAUUGCUCGCUCUGGAGGAAGAGUAAUGGUGCUCGCCAUGGAUGUCUCUAAUGAAGCUGCGGUCGACAAAGGUCUGGCGGAGGUGCGUAGAUCGAUGCCUCCGAUCGCCGGCGUGGCUUUUGGACCUCUCUUGCUGCAGGAUGUCAUGUUCAAGAACAUGGAGCUGCCGAUGAUGGAGAUGGUCCUUGCACCCAAGGUAACAGGUGUUCGCUUGUUGAACGAGCGUUUGUCUGAUCCUGCAAACCCCCUGGACUUCUUCGUCAUGUUCUCGUCAAUCGUCAUGGUGGUAGGAAAUCCCGGACAAGCCGCCUACAGCGCUGCGAAUGCGUACCUCCAUGCUACAGCCCAGAAAAGACGCGCUCAAGGCAUGGCCGCAUCAACCAUCGAUAUCGGUGCUGUCAUUGGGGUCGGCUUCAUUUCCCGUGCCGGUCGUGAGAAUGAAUCCCAAACCCGAAAGUUCCUGGCCGACGAGGUUAAAGAGUGGGAACUCCAUGCACUCUUUGCGGAAGCAGUUGUGGCCGGGCGAAAGCAGGAGCUCGACGACGUAGAACUCGUUACGGGCAUGGUCCACAUGGAUGAGAAAGACCAGGAGCGAAUUCCCUGGUACAACGACCCACGCUUUGCCGCAUUCAAAAUGUCUGACCGUCGUACCACUGGCAACGAAGCCACUGGCGCUGUCGCAUCCCUGAAAGAGCAACUAUCAAAGGCCGAAACCAUCGAGCAGGUCCGCGAUAUCAUCCUCGAAGGCGUGUCUGGCAGAAUACGUGGAGCCCUACUGAUCGCCACGGCCGACGAGCUGAACUUGACAGCUCCUUUGAUCGACCAGGGAGUGGAUUCCUUGUCCGCCGUGACUGUUGCCUCGUGGUUCGCCAAAAAUCUCAGCCUUGACGUUCCUUUGCUGAAGAUUCUGGGCGGCGCUUCGGUUACCGACUUGGUCGAUGACGCUGUCUCUCGCUUGAACCCCGACUUGAUCCCGCUGGUUGAUUCUGGAUCUCUAGAGGAUGCAACGCCAACUACUCAAGGCGGGCCCGCUGCUACGCCAUCAUCGAUCACCGGCACCUCCCAUGAAAGUUCCACUUUCUCGGUAGACCACAAUGGCGACAUACCAACACCGCCUUCUCAACCUUCUGAAGCAGAUGAAGACGGGUUUCAGCGCGUUGCACCGCUGUCCAUCAUGCAAGAAUACACGUGGAAGCAGAUGCAGCUCCCUCUGGAGCCAGCCACGUUCAACAGCACCAUCGGCAUGUACAUGCAAGGUCCUCUCAACAUGGGUCGUCUCGCAUGGGCUUUUGAUCAGGCACUGCAGCGCAGCGACGCCUUCCGGACGUGUUUCAUCUCAGACUCUGACUCUGAUAUCAACGAUCCGAUGCAAGCUGUUAUGAGGUUACCACGAAACUCUUUCCAAGCCGUCAAAGUGGCAGACAGGAAGGCUGCCGAGGAAGCAUUCAAAGAGCUCCAAGUUGCCAGGUACGAAUUGGAGAAAGGAGACACGCUGAAGGUCAUUGACUACUUCUGGACAUCCACGGACCACCUUCUGAUCAUAGCCUACCACCGAUUGGUUGGUGACGGCUGGACCACCGAACACCUUUUUAUCGACGUCAGCCAACUCUACAGUGGUCUCCCGCUCGAGCCAGCUCCCAGCUACGUCGAGUAUGCGAUUCGGCAGCGCGCACAGCUCGCCUCAGGAGCUUUUGAUGCUGACUUAGCUUACUGGUCCGGCCUCUUUCAAUCUCUGCCACCCCGGCUGCCUAUCCUCCCGCUCACCCUCAAUGAUGCGUCCGGCCCCGAAACCCUCGACUGGACCACGAACGAGGUUUCUACGAGGCUCACUCGGAUGGUAGCAGUCCGAAUCAAGGACCGUAGCCGCAAACAGCAGACCACUCCUAUGCACUUCUACCUCGCCUCAUUCCACAUCCUGCUUGCGCGGCUGGCUGGCUCCGACGACAUCACCAUCGGUGUAGCCGACUCCGGCCGAGCUUCCCUGGUUGACCAAGCCACAAUGGGCUUCUUCGCAUCCUACCUCCCCUUGCGAUUGACUUAUGACUCCAGCCACGUGUUCAACGAAGCCCUUGGCUCCACCAAAGAGCAAAUGCGUGCCGCUCUCCUUCACAGCGCCGUCCCCUUGCCCGCCAUCCUCGACCGUCUCGGCCUACCCACCAAGCCCAGUCCCGAGCACCCCUUCUCUCACGCACCGCUCUUCCAGGCCAUCUUCGACUACAAGCAAGGCCAGACGGAGAGCGGAAGCAUCGGCGAGGCGAAGAUUGUCGAGACCGACAUCCCACGGGCGGGGACUCCGUAUGACAUCACACUGCAGAUGGGGGACGAUCCGAGCAAGGGAGAGCCGUUGAUUACAUUCAAGUUGCGGAAGGAGACAUAUGGGGUCGGAGCAGCAGAGGCGCUGAUGCAAGGGUAUUUGUCAAUCCUGAACACCUUUGCGAGGAAUCCCGUUCUUAGAGUCACAGAUGCAGUGUUGGAUCAGGGGACCAAGGCCAGGGGCUGA